GUGAGAAAUACUCAAGUGGGUUUAUUGCCUCUCCCGGUUGAAGUUUAGCGUCAAACUAAACAUCAAACAAAUAAAAUUACACGAUGUAUUUAAAACAACCACAUCACUGUAUAUUUUACAGUGAGUUAGCUUUAUGCUAACCCCAUAAAUCGCAUCCAUGUGGCCAUGUUAUAACGCUUUUGAGAACAGCUAACGUCUCUCCUUAAGGCACCACUGUAAUUGAUUUAAUGUGAUAUUAUCGCGAUUAAUAUCAAAAUAUUGUAUUGUGAGUUAUUCCCACCCCUACUUCCUAAAAGUUCGUUUGAAUGGCCCAUUAUGACCAAAAAGCUAACGUGGUGUUCCUAUGUAUAAUACUAUUGGAGAGCAUGACCCAUAUUUUAUAUACCGUAUUUUCCACACUAUAAGGCGCACCGCAUCAUAAGGCGCACCUUCAAUGAAUGGCCUAUUUUUUUUUUUAAAAUUCAUAUAUGAGGCGCACCGCAGUACAAGGUGCAUAGAAUAAACACUACAGUAGACACUGGGGUUAUGUUAUGCAUCCAUUAGAUGGAGCUGCACCAAAGGCUCAAUAUCGAUCCAUAUCUUAGGCGUAUUGGAUUAUAAAGCACAGCGUCGGCUUUUGUGAAAAUUAAAAGCUUUUAGGUGCGCCUUAGAGUGCGGAAAAUACAGUCGAUCUAAAUAUGUAUAUAUAAACAGGACAGAGGCUUCAGAUUCUAGCCUUGGAUCGAAGAUGGCGUUCCUCGGCUUGUUCACGCAGUUGUGCGUGCGUCAUCCUUCGCAAGGCGGGGGGAAAAAAAAAAAAAAAAAGAAAACAACUUUCAAUGGGAUGAAAAGCCCACCCAAAAGUGAUCUAGUGUUUAUAUGUCCCCCCCCAUCUUACGUCCCAGGAAGAGCAGUUAUCUGCUCUUGUUCUCUCUUUUACCUUCAUUUGGAGCCAUUACCGUCCUUCUUUCAUGCCGAGAACGGUGCGCAGCUGGGGGACGUGCACGCCGCACACGCCACGCAACAGUAUACUAGCGCAGCACAAAGCAAGGUCUUUCGAUGCUACGUCUAUUACAUUAUUGUGUGCGGCACGAGUGUAAUACAGCUAAUGCAUGUUUCCUUUACGGUUUCAUUGCAUUUUCUUCCAUUUUGUCCUAUUCUUCAGCCAGAAACACACGAAAGAUACUUGCGUAGUUCUUUGUUUUCGAUGCCAUUUUCUAUCUCGCAAUGGGGCAUUGUGGCUGUUUUGUUACUUUUCAGGGUUAUCAAAUCUUUUGAAACAUCCUUCCAUUUUCACUUCAUUUCAUUGUCAUUGGGCGAGAGGCGAGGUACACGCAGUACCUUUCGCCAGCCAGUCGAAGUCACGUGAAACGAAUCCACGCAAUAAUGAAUAAAUAAAAGUACAAACUGAGUUUUAGUUGGAUGUUACAGUCCACUUCCGUCGGGGCCUGGUAGUGAAGUGUCGAGACGAGGGCAUUUCUGGUUUCUCUUUUGUGUCUGUCAUGUCGUGUUUCUGCUUGCGCGACAGAGCGGCGGCAUGUUGGUGAACGGCUGACGGGCCGCGCCCCACCCGCCCUCCGUCUCGUGAAGCAACGCGGCCGCCAUGUACCAGGAGGUGGCUUUCCUGGCCGGCAGCACCGAGCACCAGUUCACAACUUUCCACUUCAAGCGCGUGGAGAACCCCCAGGAGGUCUCCUCCAAAAAGGGCAUCUUCUACAAGCGGGCCCAGUACCUCCUCAAGCCCCAGGCCCGGCAGCCGGACUCCGACGACGGGGCGGCCAUCAUCAACGUGGGCGGCAUCAAGUACCGCAUCCCCUGGUCCACCUUGGAGGAGUUCCCCAUGACCAGGCUGGGGAAGCUGCGCGGCUGCAGCAACGAGGCCGAGAUCAUGGACGUGUGCGACGACUACGACGGCAGCCGCAACGAGUUCUUCUUUGACCGGAGCCCGUCGGCCUUCCGCUCCAUCGUGACCUUCCUGGCGGCGGGCAAACUGCGGCUGCUCAGGGAGAUGUGCGCCCUUUCCUUCCAGGAGGAGCUGCUCUACUGGGGCGUGGAGGAGAACAAGCUGGACUGGUGCUGCCUGAGGAAGCUGCGCCUGCGCCAGGAAGAGUACAAGGAGAUGCGGAGGCUGGAGGAAGAGGACACCGAGCUGGGCACGCUGCAGUCCUGCGAGGAGACCCAGCAGCCGGGCGACGCUGCGGACGACAACCAGGAAGGCAGAUGCAUGCGGAGACUGAGGGACAUGGUGGAGAACCCGCACUCCGGGAUCCCCGGGAAGAUCUUCGCCUGCCUCUCCGUGCUUUUCGUGGCCAUCACCGCCGUGACGCUCUGCGUCAGCACCAUGCCGGACCUCAGGGAGGAGGAGGAGAGGGGGGAGUGCUCGCAGAGGUGUUUCAACAUCUUCGUGCUGGAGACGGUGUGCGUGGCGUGGUUCUCGCUGGAGUUUGUGCUGCGCUUCAUCCAGACGCAGAAGAAGUGCACCUUCCUGCGUACGCCGCUCAACGUCAUCGACGUGGUGGCCAUCUUGCCCUACUACGUCACGCUCAUCGUGGAUUCGCUGUCGGUGGGGGGCAAGCCGGCGGGCUCCGGGAACAACUACCUGGAGAAGGUGGGCCUCGUCCUUCGGGUCCUGCGGGCGCUGAGGAUCUUUUACGUCAUGAGGCUGGCUCGCCAUUCGCUGGGCCUGCAGACCCUGGGACUGACGGUGAAGAGGUGCACCCGGGAGUUCGGUUUACUGCUCCUCUUCCUGUGCGUGGCCAUGGCGCUCUUCUCUCCUUUGGUCUUCCUGGCCGAGAGCGAGUUCGGCGCCAAGCAGGAGUUCACCAGCAUCCCCGGCAGCUACUGGUGGGCCGUCAUCUCCAUGACCACGGUGGGCUACGGCGACAUGGUGCCCAGGAGCAUCCCCGGCCAGGUGGUGGCGCUCAGCAGCAUCCUGAGCGGCAUCCUGCUCAUGGCCUUUCCCGUCACGUCCAUCUUUCACACCUUCUCCAGGUCCUACGUGGAACUGAAGGAGGAGCAGAACCGAGCGCUCAGGCAGAAGCCCGACUCGCAGGACAGCAGCAAAUCGCAGAACAGCGAAGACUCCCAAGAGACGGACAGCUUCCGCGGAGCGGCGGAAGCCGCCAUCUCGGCCGCUCAGAGAAGGAAGUCCAUGGCUCUGCACAGAGAGCAGAUCCAGACUUAGCGGGUCCUUUCGGUCUGGUCUUCAAGUCACGGGAAUCUCAGUUGGUCUUGCCGCAUGGACCGCGUAAAACUUCGUUUUGACUUUGCAGUUCUGGUGAAUCGAUUCAAAAGUAUCCUGAAAUCGAGUACUGUUGUAUGAGUUUGGGAAAGAAAAACUGCCAUAAAGACUUCGUGAGACGGGUCCACACAUGGGAAUCGGAACUGAUUUGAGCAACCCCCCAAGAUCAAAGUCAACUAAGUCCAAUAAAAAAAAAACAAUCGUUCUCAAAAUAUUAACACCCCCCCCAAAAAAAAAACUUCACUCUCCAAGUACCAUCAUUGGCUUUACUAGGCCGAAGUCCAGCCAUCUAUUAUCCAAGCUGCUUAUCCUCACAAGGGUCACAGGAGAGCCAGAGCCUAUCCCAUGUAGCCUACGCCCUGAACGGGUCUCUAGUGAGCGGCAAGGUAGAUAUCGACACAGUCACUGAGUGGGAAUCGAACCCACGCUGCCUGCACCACUGUCAGGCGUGUGUACCACUACACCAUCAGUGACUCUAUUAGCCCAGAGUGUUUUGUAAACGUAUUCCGAAAUAGAAUAUUUAAUAUUGUAAGAGGAACACUAUAGUUUAAAAAAACAAAAAGUAACAAUUCGCUCGAACGGUUUUGCACGUUUAAUUAAAGUUAUACCAAAUUGUUGAAAAACGAAAUUUUCUCAAUGAGAAGUGUCAUUUUUUCCCCCUUCUUUUCAGCAAAAGUCAGCUUUUUGGAUUGCUGUCCUAACUUUGUAAUAAUGACGCGAAACGGAACGAUAGCCAAUUUCCAGUUAGCCUGCCUUCGUCACUGAAUUUUUACGAAGUCCGUAUGCCUUGUGGCACCGCGCUGCCUCCCCCGGGUGACUCUCGGUACUGCGGCGGGCAUCCAGUUUUAGGGAGGAGACUCGUCAUUGUCAGUGGAAGUUUCGUAGCGUGGUUGUCAAGAACAACACACAUGCCCGUUUUUUUUUCCUUUUUCUUCAUUUCUCACAUUUAAAGAAUUGGUUUAACGUGUUACGUGCCCCCCCCCCCCUUCGUACUCAUACUAAAUAUUUUACACAGUCUUGUUUGCGAAGCCGAAUGAUUGAGACGGAGAGUCGCGUUCACAGGAAUUAUUGAUGUGCUGUUUCUUUCCCAUUCACCGUCUCAUUCCGUAUGCACGAUGUGUGCCAGGCUAAUUAUAGGCCACAGUGCAGCAAAAAAAAAAAUAAUAAUAAUAAUAAAUGCUUGACAGUCUGUUGGGAAAUUAGAUUGACAAGGAAAUGACAAAAGGAUUGACGCCACUCGUCUGGAGGAAAACGUGAGGGGGGAAGAUGAGUUCAAUGCAUCUAGACAAAGUAGAAAUGAGUCACCGUCUGCAAUUUUAUUUUCCCCUAAAGUCCAAGUGUUACCAAUAAGCUUCAGUAAAUGCAUUUUUUAAAACAAGUUUAAUGAGUAAAUUGACAAGAAUCUUUAAAGUGAUGAAAACCAUCAUCUUUAUAGAGUUGGAAAUGUGCUAACCACCAAUUUUUAGUAUUUUAUUGUGUUUGGAAGAUAAUGGUGCGUUCAUCUGAGAUGACACGCUGGGGCGACCCCGAAAGGGACAAGCCGAAAGAAACUUACUUACUGUUAAAAUUUUCCUUGGUUGGUGAAAAAAAUAAGCCUGAAUGUCCAUUUAUUUAUUAUUUAUGUAUCAUAAUUCCCGGCCUACAGAGCGCACCUGGUUAUUUGCCUCACCCAGUACAUUUGUAAAGGAAAAAACAUUUGGUCCAUACAUACGCCGCAGCUGCGUAAAAGCCACUAGUGCCCGCAUUGAAACACGAGAUAUUUACAAAGAAAAACGGUACACAGAGAGUUUAGCGCUAAUGCUAGCACCCCGCUAACAGGUCCGGUUAAAAAAAACAUACCGGUAAAAAUCCCUGAGACACGGCAGUAACACACUAGCGCAGUGCUAACAGGGCCGGACCGGUAAGUCACCUCCUCGGCACAUAUAUUCCACCGGUCUCACUCUUACCUUUUCCGGUUGAGUGCCCCCUUGCGGACGUUAGGAAAAAAAAUGCACAAAUUAGCUGCAUCACCACAUAAACCGCAGGGUUGGAAGCGUGUGGAAAAAAAGUCACGGCUUAUAGGCCGGAAAUUACGGUAAUUGCUGCGGGGAAGCGAACGAGUUUCCUUUUGUCACAGCGCACGUGACAAGUGGCGUUUUCAUCAAAGUAAGCGAAGGUUGACGACUUCGAGCGUACUCCACACCCGUUUGUAGAGUUUGAUGCUAUCGCUAGCACCCUGCUAACAGGGCUGGUUAAAAAACAUCCCGGUAAAAAUCACUGAGACAUGGCAGUGACGCGCUAGCGCAGCACUAACAGGGUCAGCAGGAAAUUAUGGUAAUUCUCAAUAACAAUUACAAGAAUAGUUCUUACUGGCUUACUCGCUAAUAAAAUGUUUUUAUGGCAUAGUAAUUAUGUAGUAUAGAGUUGUACAUAGUUAUAUUUGCGUAUGGAAGGGUGAAUUUACUUUUGAAAUUCCUCAUUCGAUCAAAAGUGUACAAAAAAAAACAGCACGUUACGAAACCUUUCAGGGAAUUCAAGAAUGAAUGUUGACUUUGGAUUCUUAUUUUGUGCUCGAUUCCUUCAUCUACGUCAACAGCGUUGUGCGUAUCAGUCGCUGACAACCCUUUAGUCGCAUAUGUAGAGCUUGGAUGAAGUGCAAAGGGCAUAACGCAGAAAAAAAAAAAUUAUGUACAAAAGGCCUUUUGAUAUUCACCCCACCCUCAGCCGCCCUCGGGCAGCAGAAACGAAAGAGCUGACACGCCGGCCGUCAGAAAUAAUGGAUUUCCUCGUCUGGGCGAGUGCGGUUUGUGACUUUUCGCGACUGGAGUGCCUUGUCAGGAGAAAACCCGACAGUGUUAAACUGUGAAAGUGCACUCUUUGAAAAUCCUACACAGGCAUGAUUAGGCUACGACACAAUGCAUGAAAAUAUUGCACACAAACAAAUGUAUCGAUUGUUUUUUUUUUUUUUUUUCAUAAUCAAUUGACUUUUCAAAAUGGACGGUUGGAAUGCAACAACCUGGAAUGUAUUUUUGGUUAUGAAACACCAGCCUCCUUUAAAAAAAAAAAAAAAAAAAAUUAUAAAGAUUCUGAUGAACUCCUUGAGUGGGAAAUUGUUAAUUCAUUUCCGCACAGGAAGUGAGUGAACUUUGCGAGCGUGCAUGUCGUGCCUGUACUUCCACUGCGCUCGGAACAUUCCUAAAUUGUUUGCUCCUGUGUUUCUUUUCCCCCCUCCACGUUGGCUGUUAAUAAUAAAUGGGAACUGUUUCCACGAGUGAUGUUGGCUCAGUGCGCCGCAACUUUGAUAAACAGUGACAGAGGCUCCUCGGAGGUGAAAAUUUCUCGGGCUCCACGGCCGACACGCAGAAUACAUU